AUGAGUGGAUUAUUAAAGCUCUCGUCUCUUCUCUCGGGACAACCCGCUAGAGUUCUGAAUAAACUGGGAUUGCCGGUGGUGUCGAACCGAAGCUUCCAUCACACACCAAACGGCAAUGCGAAAUCAUCGGACGCUAUCUCCAAGCAGUACCCAGUAGUGGACCACUCUUAUGACGCCGUGGUAGUGGGAGCGGGAGGCGCUGGCCUAAGAGCGGCUUACGGUCUGGUAGCAGAAGGAUUUAAAACAGCAGUUAUCACUAAAUUGUUCCCUACAAGAUCCCACACUGUCGCGGCCCAGGGUGGAAUCAAUGCAGCUCUGGGUAACAUGGAAGAAGACAACUGGCAGUGGCAUAUGUACGACACUGUCAAAGGGUCAGAUUGGCUUGGAGAUCAAGAUGCCAUCCACUAUAUGACCCGCGAGGCCCCCAAAGCUGUAAUUGAGUUGGAGAACUGCGGAAUGCCUUUUAGCCGAACCCAAGAUGGAAAAAUAUAUCAACGUGCAUUUGGAGGUCAAUCUUUAAAAUUCGGAAAAGGCGGUCAAGCUCACCGAUGCUGCUGUGUAGCGGACAGAACAGGGCAUUCCUUGCUUCACACUCUCUACGGUCAAUCAUUGAGCUACGACUGCAACUACUUUGUCGAGUACUUCGCCCUAGAUUUAUUAAUGGAAGGCGGAGAAUGUCGUGGAGUGAUCGCAUUGUGCCUCGAAGACGGUACUAUCCACCGGUUCCAUGCCAAGAACACAGUCUUGGCGACUGGAGGCUACGGCCGAGCUUACUUCUCGUGUACGUCGGCUCACACUUGUACCGGAGACGGCACUGCGAUGGUCACCCGGGCUGGUCUGCCAAACCAAGACCUAGAAUUUAUACAGUUCCACCCCACAGGAAUUUACGGUGCAGGAUGUCUGAUCACCGAGGGAAGUCGAGGAGAGGGUGGUUACCUGGUAAACAGCGAGGGCGAGCGGUUCAUGGAGCGAUACGCCCCAGUAGCCAAAGACUUGGCCUCGCGAGACGUAGUUUCGAGAUCUAUGACCAUCGAAAUACGCGAGGGACGUGGAGUAGGUCCUGAGAAGGACCACAUUUUCUUGCAAUUGCACCACUUACCCCCAGAGCAGCUCGCAGCCAGGCUUCCGGGUAUCUCCGAAACCGCGAUGAUCUUCGCGGGAGUUGACGUUACUCGUGAGCCCAUCCCCGUGCUGCCCACGGUGCACUACAACAUGGGUGGAGUUCCUACUAAUUACAAAGGUCAGGUUCUGACGACCAAGAACGGCGAAGACGCGGUCGUUCCUGGGCUUUACGCCUGCGGAGAAUCUGCUUCUGCGUCUGUACACGGUGCUAAUCGGCUAGGUGCUAAUUCUCUGCUAGAUUUGGUAGUUUUUGGACGCGCCUGCGCAAUUACCAUCUCCCAGGAGAACAAACCUGGUGAAAAAGUCGGAUCACUUAGUCCGAAUGCUGGAGAAGCGUCAAUCGCAAACUUGGAUCAUGUUAGACACGCAAGUGGGUCUAUCUCGACAGCGACUCUGAGAUUACAGAUGCAAAAAGCUAUGCAAACUCAUGCUGCUGUUUUCAGAGAAGAAAAAACUCUUAAAGAUGGAUGCCGCAAGAUGUCUGACAUCUACAAAAAAUUAGACGACCUUCAAAUAAGCGACCGAUCACUUAUUUGGAACUCUGACUUGAUUGAGACCUUGGAGCUUCAGAAUCUUAUGUUGAACGCCAUGCAAACUAUUUAUGCGGCUGAAAACAGAAAGGAAAGUCGUGGAGCUCACGCAAGAGAAGACUACAAGGAUAGGAUUGAUGAGUAUGAUUACAGCAAGCCUUUGGAAGGCCAACAACCUAAACCUAUGGACCAACACUGGAGAAAGCACACGCUGACGAACAUGGAUCCCAAAUCUGGAAAGGUAUCCAUCGACUAUCGGCCAGUGAUUGACUCGACUUUGAACAGUCAGGAAUGUGCAUCGGUACCUCCUGCAAUUAGAUCGUACUAG